AUGGUGGACGCGACAGUCCUUCUCCAAACCGGUAAACGGUUAGCCACCGCCGCGUUCCGUCGUCAGAGCAUCUCCUUAUCGGACGACGGCUUCAUCUUAUUCUCCUCCGCACACGACGGUUACUCUCCUCCCUCCGUCGUCGUCGUCGGCUCUUCCUCCCGACCUCUAACCGAAUCGGAAAGCGUCGCUCACAUGCUAUCUCACAUAAAUCUCCUCUUACGCCGCCGCGGUCACGGCUCUAGACGCUGGACUCUACACCGAAUCGAUCCAAAGCUUGACGGCGGAGGAGGCAAAUCAGCAGUUGUUGCAGUGGUGGUGGUGCAGGGAAGGCCGCUGGAAGAGGCUUCGACUAUAAGAACUGAGACAUCAUCUGCGCAGUUUAUACGUCAAAGGUACACUGCUGCUUCCAGUGGACAGAAGCUUCAAAACUCUAUAAUAAACGGUUAUGGGGAAGCUCAAGAUGAUCACUUCUGA